UUCUGCGCCGCGGGCACCGCUGCGGCGGGCGGCCCACCCGCCGAGAGGGCCGCGCAGGAGCUCGGCGAUGGAGGUCACACGCAGGCCGCCCGGCCACAACUCGGGGAGCCGCGGAGCUCCCAGGGGGCCCAAGAGACGAGUGAGAGGUGUGCCUAAAUGUGGCGGGAUGUUCCUCGAUUGCCCUCGCCGAGAAAAUCACAGCACGCGUCCGAGCGAUGCCAAGCCCAGCUUAAAAGAAAAACGCCCCCCAGGCGGCCAGGGCGCCCGGCAACGUCCUCAGGAGUGCCGCCCGGGAGCGCGGGCGGCGCGCGCGCGCGGCGGCGCGCGCACGCGGAGGCGCGCGCCUCUCAGCGGGCCUCCUCGGCGCGCCGCCUCGCGAGGCGGGCCUGCGAGUGCCGGACGCUGGCGUCGGCCUCCUGCCUG